AUGGCGCCAGCCCAGACCCAAGAUACACCCGAGAACACUCAAAAGAGUUCCAAUCUCUUGGAGCAUUCCAAGGGUGAGUCAGUACUCACAGACAAAGACCGAAAGGCUCUCGUCUUCACCGACAAGCACAGUUCUCCAGAUGUCUACGUCAACUCCAGCAAAGACACUCUGUGGCAUCCCUGGACAGGAACGCUAGAGCUCAAACCCCUCCGAUUUGAAACGAGAUCUGGUAGUUUCGUCAUUGGGCUGAGAACUCCUGUCGAUUGCUGGCUCGGAAAGCACAGACAUCGAGGUACAGUCACAGCUGUAACACUUUCUGGGAAUUGGAGAUACAAGGAGUAUGACUGGGUCGCUGGACCAGGUGAUUAUGUUGUUGAAAACCCGGGAACCAUUCACACGUUGUUUAUGGGUGCUGGCGCCGAGGUGGUGUUUGCUAUAACAGGAAGCCUUGAGUUCUUCAAUGAUGAUGACAGCUUGAGGGAGACAAUGGAUAUCUUCAGUUUUGCGGAGCUUUACUAUGAACAUUGCAAAGAGAAGGGUGUCGAGCCAAAUGAGAAACUAUGGUACUAA